AUGGGUAAGAAAGGUGGUAAAAAAGGAAAACACGAAAAAGGUUCAGAAACCUUAGAACCAGUUUUGCCUACCAUAACAGAAGAGCUAGAGCAAACUCCAGAUGAGCCAACCGAACCGACACGAACCCGGUCAGAACCAACAGAGUUAACUCUAGACGAUGUUGAACCGUCAGAACCAAAGAAAAGUAAAAGUAUCCUCAAGGAAAAGAGCGGCACUUUUCUUCUGCGAGACUCUUCGGAAAGAAAGAAAAGUCAAAGUGUGGUAGCUUUUGAAGAUGGAGAAGAACAAGAGGGCAUCGAAGAGGUCGAUGUGCCGCCUGUCGAAAUUCAAAUGCCAGAUAUUGAGGAAUCUAAAGAAAAAGUUAAAAAAGGGAAAAAAGGUAAAAAAUCAGAUAAAGGUGAUGAUGGAGUGCAAGACAAGCCUAAAAAGGAAAAAAAAGGUAAGAAAGGAAAAAUUAAGGAUGAAGAAAGUAUUGGUAAAGGAGACGAAGGAAGUAAAACGGACGAAGAAAGCAAAGCCGACGAAGACAGUAAAUCCGAAGAAGUUCCACAAAAAAAGACUAAAAAGGGCAAAAAGGGUAAAUCCGAAGAAAUGUCCUCGAUAGACAUAGCAACCGAAACAGAAAAAACAGUGAAAGAAAGUAAACCAGCAAAAAAAGGCAAAAAAGCAAAAAAAGAAGCUGUUGCGAUUGAAGAAAAUGAAGAAAUUGAAACGAAACCUAAAAAAGAAAAGAGAGGUAAAAAGGGGCGUGCAAUCCAUGAAGGGGCCGAAAGACGAAUUUCCAAAGCAUCCUCGAAAGCAUCUGUUAAUAAGUCUGAAAAAUCUGAAGAUACCGAAAAAUCUGUAGAUACCGAAAAAUCCGUUGAAUCUUUGACUAGCAAAAAGAAACGAAAAGGCUCCAGGGAGAAAUCUAAAACUAGAAUGGGAGAUGAAUCUGAAACUAUGGAAGAGAAAAAACGAAGACGGCUGUCUUCUAGUGCGAAAAAGUAUAAUUAUACUAACAGAGCCAGAAUAUCAACUAUAUCUUCCGAAUCAGACGCAUCGGCAGAUAUAGAUAUGGAAAAAUUAGCCGAAAUUGCAGCGCAAGCAAUAGCAGGAAAAAGUACGAAGAAGGGUAAAAAAGGAAAGAAAGAAAAAGUGAUAAUACCGGAAGAAAUAAUAGAUGAGGAAGAACAGGAGAGAAGAUGGUUUGCAGCUGAAGCAGAGAAAGCCCGGAAAAAAGCUGAGAAGGAGGAGCAGAAGAAAGCGAAAAGAGAAGCGAUUAAGGAAGCAAAGAGAGCAGCUAAAAAAGAAGCGGAAGAAAAAAGAAAAGCGGAAAGAGUAGAAACAGAUGAAGAAGCGUUAAAAAGGAAAAUUGACGAACUAAAAAAGCAUGCGAAACAUUUGGGCAUAUCAGAGACAGAAAUUGCUCAAUCAACAGAGGGAGACGAAGAAUUAAAAGGUCCCAAAAAAAAGAUUUCAAAGAAGGAGAAAGCCAAAAUGACAGCGGAGAUGGCUGAAAUGGCUAAAGCGGAUAUGGAGGCUCAAGCUAAAAGGCUGGAGGAAUUACUAAAAAAGAAAAAAGAAGAAGAACAUUUAGCGGCUAUUGAAAAAGACAAACAAGAAGUUUUUGAUCAGCAAAACAGGGUGGAGCAACUUGAAGAAACAAACCAAUUAAUAAAGGAUAUUGCAUAUUUUUCGACGGAAAUUGCUAGAGAAGAGAAAGAAUUAUUAGAGUGGAACAAAUACGUUGAAUGUGGCAGACUUCCCAAUCCAGCUUUCGUGGAUCAAAUGAAUACGUAUCUGCAUUUAUGGGAAAUGGAUUUGGUUAAUACCAGCAUGAGUGAUGCUUCAAGUAGAAUAGCAGAUAGUAUUCAGUUACUCAGCGAUUUAGAAGAACUUUUAGAUACCACUACAGAAGACGAUUACGAUUACGACAAGCUAGAUAAUUGGAAAUGGAUACGUCAAAUGUUUCGAGAAUAUCAAGCUGCUAGUCUAGACGUAGCCACGUAUCGCUUAUUGCGUGACGUCGAACAUAAUCUCAAUCGGAUCAACAUUCCUACUGCCGACUUUAAUUAUCAAAGCGAACACGUCAUAUUGAGUAUAUGGCUUAGGGUGAUGUUGCCUAUACCGUUACCCAAUCCUAGAAGGCCUCCAAAGCCAAGGAUAGACGUUAAUUUUAGUUUGAUGAAUAUGAGCAUACUUUUUCCUAUAACUAUCGACUGUGAAAAUGCAGCUAUAAGAGCGAUGUAUCUGAAAUAUGAUCAUUUGAGUGAUUUGAGUUUUACGUAUAAUAUGCCUGAAGUUCCUUCGGAUUAUUAUUUGGACUUACUAACCAUAACUAAAAAAGAAUGGCGCAUAAGACUAAAAUACAAAUACAACAACAGAGACCGAACAAUCAUCAAGGUAACACCUGGAACCACAGUGGUACAACAAUCACAGGAGCAAGUAGGCGAACCUGCAGAAGGAAAUGUAGAGAAUGUAGAUCCUCAAACACAAACUGAAAAAGAAGAUAAAAAAAUCACCCGAGUUCUAGCCUUUGAAGGUGUGGAUGAAGAGUUUGGACCGGAUGACGAAAUUCCUAUAGUUCCAUUCAAAGUGCUACAGCCUUCAGCUGCUGAACAUGCGGCCUCAAUAGAAGAUGAGCUAUAUGCUGAAACCAGAAAUAAAAUUCAAUUGGCUACACCUGAAAACGUAAUAAACUUACGAAAAUAUGUUAUUCUGGGAGGCGUUUUCCAUCUGAAUCUAUUAGCGCAGCCACCUCAGCCGCAAGAUUUUGUGACUAUGGAAAUGACAAUCACUGGAUUAUAUCUUCCAAAAGAACUUGAAAUGAUCCCGUUCGAAGUUAUAUACACUCCGUAUAUUCCUCCUCCUGAACCAGAACCAACCGCAUCCAAUCCAAAUCUUAGAAAAUUGCCUGAAGAACUUGAAGAAGAACAGAAAAAACAAGAAGAAGAACUUGAUAAGUUGAUAUCAAUUAAUCUAAAAUGGCCACAGCAGGUGAUCUUUCUGGAAUUGCCCAUAGUGUGCAGGUGGGACGAAGAAGCUCUCCACUGGUCUAAUGACGAAAUUCACGACAUCAAACAUAACGAAGAUAAAUGCAUGGUGAGUUUCAGAAUUGGAGUGUUUGGUAUCUACGCCUUGGCAGCCUAUAGAUAUUCGAACUUUCCGUUUCAAGCUUACGACAUCAAGCCUGAAGUAGAUAAUUCGGUAACUGUUCAAUUGACCGCUGCCAUUCUGAUGCUGGAAUUUAACGUGAAGGAUGGUCUGAUAGCGAUUACGCAAUUGCAGAAUAGUCCGAACAUGACUUUGCAAGAUACUAUUGGGAAAUAUAUGAAGUUGCACAAGUUGAAAAGGAUGAUGCUAGAAGCUGGAAUAGACAUAUUUCCCCAAUUCGACUCGUUUUGUUACGUAGAUGGUUCGUGUGAGAAACAAUGGGCUAUGGAGAAACAUCUUUAUUAUAACAUGGCUCUUAUAUCAAAUUCGUUCAAUUUUUCUUGGUCCAGAUGGAAUCAGCAAGCAGGACGAAGGAAAAUUGUUAUGCAAAUGAGACAUUACAUGCCUGAGAAAGGAAAACAGAAAAAUCAUCAGAUGUUAAUGGUAACUCCUCUGCAAGCUACUUUUAUAGAAUGUACUGAAGUUAGUCAGACUUUUUCCGACAAAGAAGUAGAAGGCUUAAGGUUUUGUGCAGAUCUCUGGCACUUGAUGACAAUCACCAGCGGUAUCUUUAUAAAAAAUAAAGUUAAAAAGGCGUCAAAGCAGACGGUUUAUGCCCUUGCUCAAUUUCUUAUCGCCACAAGGAUUUUAAGCUUUUCUUAA